AUGACUGAGCCAGAUCUUCAUAUUGAUAGCAGUAUCGGCGCGUUCUAUAUUGGAAUAGUAAUUGCAACCCAAUUCUAUGGUAUCGCAUGCGGCCAGGUGUUGUACUACUUGUGGCACUAUCCUAAGGAUUCUAUAAAAGUCAAGUGUUCAGUUGUACUCCUGUGGGUGUUUGACACUGUGAUCACAAUCAUGGCUAUCAUGUGUCUCUAUGGGUAUACUGUACAAUCUCAUUCUCAACCAUCAAUUCUCCAUAUUCUGUUAAACUCUUUUACUAUUGAAUAUACUCUAGCAAUCAUAUUGAUCACUGCAGUUCAGUGCUAUUAUAUGACCACCAUCUGGAAAUUGUUAGCAAGAAAAUGGUAUAAGCUUCCAUUGAUUAUUGCAAUGGUUAUAUUAGCUCUUAUAUCGCUUGGCUGUGGUUUUGCAACUGCAUAUGAGUGGUGA